CUCAUGUUGAACAAAUGUUUCCAAAUAAAUCGAUAUAAAUUAGGUUUUAUAAAAUUAUUUGUAAAACGAUCCAAUUAAAAGCACAUUAGACGUAGAUAUGUGGGCUGUAAAUAGCAGACAUAUCGCACUACCGAGAAACAUGCACUCCAUUGUUCUUGCCGUAUUGAUAAGUUACCUAUCCUGGAGGGUGCUAUGUGAACCCUCUGUUAUAUACAAAAUGAAGAACAUCGAGUGCUCGACCGUGCCCGGGUACUCAGCGAACGCUAGGUGCUAUAUAAAGGCCCUUAACUGGAACAAGGCUGUGGCCCAAAUGGAUGUGGACCUGGUUAGGCCAUUGCAUAAUAUCUCAGUCCAACUCCAACUCUUCAAAAAGGACUACAGCAACAGGUUCCAGCCUUUUCUUGUGGAUGUACACUUAAACAUAUGCGAUUUGUUAUCAAAGCGAAGCUUCAUGCCUUACGGCUUAAUUAUUCUCAAAGUAACAAAGCGAUUUUCAAAUUUUAAUCAUAGCUGCCCAUAUGCCGGUCAUUUAAUAGCGCGCGACGCAUAUCUCCCCGAAUCUGUUUUUCCAAACUUUUUUCCAUUGGGCUUCUACAAAAUAAACAUUACCAUAAUGGAAAACUACGUAAGGCCGCCAAAUGCACACGUUGGGGGUAUUGUGUGGUAUGUCCAGGCUAUGGAGCCAAUCAAGACUAGGAAAACUGUGAAUAUAACAGCCGGUUAG